ACUUGACGGAAACCAACGUUGACGGAAACCGACCAGUGACCACAGGACCACAGUGCGCAUGUCUCGUUGGGGGCUGCCAACAUGGCAGACGAUGUCGACCGAAAACAGAAAGUCGCAGCCGGUUUAAAAAAGCUAAAACAGUUCCAGCAGAGAUCCGCAAAGAAAACUACGAAGCGUAAAUCUUCGGAAAGCAUCUCGCCGCCAACUGUGCAGGAGCUUCAAGAAGACACACCAGAAGUAUGCUUUCUGGAGCAAAGCUCCUCCAUGGCUUUGCCGUCUAAACCGAAGGAGACCCAAUCAUUGACUGCUCACUCCUGCCAGGACCUCUCCCAGUUAGCAAGUGAGGACCAGCCAAGCAAUAGGGUGCUGUCGUCUGCGGAGAGUCUUCGGCAGAUCACGCUGCAGCUAAACGGCCUGAUGAACGACACCAACGCGGCUCUCAACGGAGACAUUGCGGCGCUCGCGGACAGCUCCGGCGCCCCAAGGAACGAUGCCCUCUUGCGGAGGAACCAGGAGCUGGCUACGAGCCUCGAGUCCCUGCAGCAAGACAGGGACCAGCUCGAGUUUCAGUUGCAGGAGCUGAGGGGCAAGCUGACACGGCAGCAGCGUGAGUUCGAGCGUGAGCAGCAGGAGCGGGAGGAUCAGUCCCGGCGCGAGCUGGGGGCCAUCAACGACCAGCUACAAGUGCACAUCCAGACCAUUGGCAUCCUGGUGGCCGAGAAGACUGAGCUUCAGUCGGCACUCUCCCAGAGCCAGCAGACCGCCAAGCAGAAGGCCGUGGAGACGGAAGAGCUGCAAGGAAGACUGAAAGCGGCUCGAGAGAGAAACACGGACUUGGAGCGAAAGUUGAACUCUGUCAGCAGCCAGAGCCAGGUUCAAGAAAAGAGUUCCCAAGAGUACCUCAGGGAAAUUGAGAGGCUCAAGACAGAGCAGUACAAAUCAAGCAAAUCAAUCGAAGAACUGAAGCAAGAACUUUCCGAGCUGAGCAACAAGCUUGGCAAGAAGGCGAAGGACAAUGAAGCCCUGCAACAGGAACUUGGCGACGUGAAGAAGGAGCUGUCCCUGGCGCAGCUUUAUGCUCAGCAGCUCGGAGGCGCUCAGGCUUCUGAGAAUGUGCACAGCCAGUUGGAGGAGCUCCACCAAGAGAAGUUGGACAUGGAGAAGAAAGUCAACAAGUUUAAGGAUGCGAUGGAGCAGAUUGCAGCAGAAAAGCAGCAGAUGUCCUCUCACUACCAAUCGUACGUGGACCGGCUCUCUCAGCAGUUGGAAACAAGCAAGGCAAUGGUGGAGAAACUGACUCAGGAGAAGGUGGAGUUGGAGAAGAAGGCUGUCGAGUUGGAGAGCCGGCCACUGCCAUCGUCCGUGCCGGCACCUGAGACGGAGGAAUUGAAACUCAGGCUGGAACAGUGUCAGCGGGAGCUAGAUUCACUCCGGAGCUCCAGCGAAGCGCAGGCGAACGACAAUCAGCAGCUGAGCCUCUUGGUGGCGGAGCGGGAGGCGAGGGCAGAAGAGCUGGAGCGGCAGCUAGCUCGAAUCAAGGAGGAUCAUGUGGAGAGCAGCCGCCUGCUGGAGACGAUCCAGAGCGACAAGGUGGCCGCCAGCCGAGCCCUGAGCCAGAACAAGGAGCUCAAGCGACAGCUGGAGGAGAUGCAGGACGUCUUCGUCAAGCUGAGCAAUGACAAGCUGGAGCUGACCGAGCAGCUGCAGAAAGAGCAGCAUGUCACCAAGGAGCUUGGGGAGCGCUUGGGCCAGCAGGAGGACGAGCUCAAGGAGCUCAGGGACCAGCUUGCGGUCAAGGAGGACAAGGUGCACGACCUGGAGCAGCUGUCGACCAAGGACAUGUACCAGCAGAGCCAGCUGGCCGACCGCAUGCGCCACUACCAGGCACAAUGCCAGCUCACGGAGAUCCUGCAGCAAGAACUUUCGCAAGCCCAGGCGAGGAUAAGUGCCCUGGUCACGCAGAACUCCGACCUGAGGAAAGCGCUGGCCGAGAGGGCCCAGAUGGCGGUCGACGUCAACGAGAAGGACUCUGGCAAAGUGCACGACCUGGUGGGCUCCCUUUCAGCUUCAGUACAGCAGCUGGAAUUGGAGCGGGACCAGCUGGUCAGGCAGCUAGACGAGCAAAAGGGUCAGCGGGAAACGCUUCAGCAUCAGCUGAUAGAGCUCAAGCAGAGCGAAGACAGCCUCCUCUCCCGGGAGAGCGAGGAAGUGUCAAGGGAGAGCUACGCGAAGCUGAGGGCGGCGAUGCAGAAGCUGGAGGAGCGCUUCAAGGCCACCAUGGACCAGAUCGCAGACCUGUCGGACCAGAAGCAGCAGCUGGAGCACCUGGUGACGCAGCUGCAGGGAGAGACUGACACCAUUGCGGACUACAUUGCCCUGUACCAGGUGCAGCGGGGCAUCAUGCGCAAGAGGGCCGCCGAGAAGGACGACUACAUCUCCCAGCUGGCCAAGGACCGGGAGGACCUCAAGGCCAAGCUGUCCGAACUGCAGUGCCUGAUCGUGCGACUACUGGAGGAACGUCAGCAACAGCACCCCACACAAUCCUUGCCGCCCCUUCCGGGAAAGGCGCUCACCCUGGCUUCGUUUUCUUCGUCGAUGGCGGGCUCUCCCGACGCUGGAGACUCCGGUCGCGGCGAGGCCCCCACCACCAACGGGAACGGGGGUCAGCCUGAGGACGACGAGACGGCCCAGAAGAUCAUGCACCUGCUGACAGAGAUCGAGACGUCGGGCGCCGUGGAGGGCUCCCCUGUUCCAGACACCUUCCACCCCUGCCCCGUCUGCUCUGGACGACUGCUGACCGUUUAACGGUCUUUAUGGCAAGACAACACAGGUCCAGCUUGCCGCAGCCGACUUCGAAGACCUCCCCCAUCCUAGUCGUUCCACGGGAACAUUCCACGGCGAUCCAUCCGAAACGCCGUCCCCAGUGCCUUCGGACUUCUCCCGUGCUUCGACAGGGGAGCAACGGUGUGCUGCAAUUCCCGAGAUGGAACACUCUGCCUGUCCAAAAACGACAAUGGCAGUGCACUACAGUUGCCUCGGUUUUCGACGUAAAAAAGGCGAAACCACCGGUGAAAAGUUGCUCCGGAUUUGUGGCCUCUUCCUUUCGACCGCACGGAAGGAAAGCAUCGGUGCCGAGGCCUUUUCGGCGUGGGACCGACACAACGCGACGCCCUUCUUUUAGGGCGCGACGCACGAUUGCUGCGACGGAAUUAUUUUUCUACCGCCGUCUUCUUCUUUGCACGCCGUACCUGUGCAGUCCCGAGACGGUUUCAGGGCGAUUGGAAUUUCGUGUCUGUCGGGAAGCGGUGCAUUAUCGUUGAAGGUAGCUUGUGCAGCAUGUUGCAACAUGGAGUUGUCUUUUGGGAGAAAGCUGUGAUCCGUAAACAACCGUUUUGUAAAAAAAAAUAUCGUUUUUUUUUUUUUGGUGAUUUUUUGCAUGCAUUAAUUGCUCUCUCGUUUUGGCAGAACGUAGCAGUGUUUCUAAUGGGCCUCGAUGGUAUUGUUUCUAUGCAUGCUGCCAACGUUUAGCCAGUAACCUUUUUUCAAAAAUUAUAGGCAUUGCUUUUUCUUUCUUCAAUGUGGUGUGUUAUCCUGACGGAAUGCAUUACGUGCAAAUUUGGAUAAUGUCACUCUUUUUGUGGUUCUCACUAUCGAUCUAUUUAGAAAGCUGGCUGCACGGUCACUAAGAAUGUAUAAUACUAGUACUGCCGGAUAAAAAUUGAGAGAUAGCUAUGUAUAUAAUGCGCUCGUUCAAAGAAAAAUGCUUUGUAAGAACCAAAACUUUCAAUAAAAUUGUAGACGUGAAAACAAGAAGAGUUUCUCCGUGAUGGGAUCGAAUCGAGUAAUUUUGGAGCAAAUGGUUGUGCUCCAAAAUGAACUUUUGUGUGCUUACAGUUCAUUCUCAUUCACUACACUGCAUAUAGUGGAUUAAGGCUUGUGCAUUGGCCUGUCCUACUAAAUGACAAUAUCUUGUUUGUCUUACUACUGUGGUGCAACCACUUGUUGCCAUCUAUUGCACAGCAAGUUUGCUUUCCUGAAAUACUCUACUGGUGUAUAGUAGUUGUGCUUAAAAGUACUAAACAGCAACUAUUAAGCCAAUGCAACAAGAAG